AUGUCAUCCUCUUCAACUUUUGAACCUCUUGUUGUUCUUCAAUUUUCCUCUACAAUACCAGAUGUUACUAAAGAAUGGGUAAUUAAACGAUUAACUGCUAGUCAAGAAGAGAAUGAUGGUGCUGAUUUACUUGUCCGAUAUGAUAUGGAUCCAGAAAGUCAUAAUAAUAUUCUUUUAAUUGGUGCUACACUUCAUCGUUUAUUAAUCGGUGCCGAAGAAUUACGAAUUAAAAAACCUUAUAAACAAAAAACAUUACGAGAAUUUCUUGUGUCGGAUAUUGAUCAUUUUGAUAAUUCUGAAAAUCCAACGAAUUUUCUAUUGAAAUCUGAAAAACAAAGAAUUAUAUGGGAAGAAAUGCAAGUUAUUCGUCCAUUGGAACAUGAACAUUUUGUACCAGGAUUUCCUACAAAAGCGAUAACACCUGAGAAUGAUACUAUUCUUGGUCUUCUUCGUGAUAUGGAUUUUAUUGUUAGUAUUUUUCCAUUACAUGAUAAAGAAGAUAUUAAAUUAAUUGAACAUGAUUGGUUCAUGUCAAAAGAUUCAUUAUUUAAAUCACAAGAUAUUCAUAAAGUUCGAAAUUAUUUUGGUGAAAAUGUUGCAUAUUAUUUUGCAUUCUUGGAAUUUUAUACCAAAGCACUUAUACCAACUGCUUUACUUGGUCUUAUUCUUAGCUUCUGGCCAAGUUCAGAUUUUUUUAAAUAUUCAACAUUUUGUAUUUUUAAUGUUAUUUGGUGGAGUAUAUUUAUUGAACGAUGGAAACGUGUCAGUAUUACACUUGCUUAUCAAUGGGGUACACUUGAUUUACAAGUUUUCGAACGUCCUCGUUCACUUUACUAUGGAGAUUUACAUCGUUCACCAGUAACAAAUCAACAAGAACGACGAUAUCCAACAUGGAAACGAUCAUUGAAAAAAUAUUUGGUCACUUAUCCAAUCACCAUGUUUUGUUUAGCAUUAACAUUAUGGAUUUAUUUUACUUAUUAUGCUAUUCAGAAGAAAACAGAGAAGACUUAUCCAUUAGAUAAAAGUAUAUAUCUUCCUAGAGCAAAAGUAAUGCGAUUGGCACCAUCAAUUGGUUAUUCAUUAUUUGUUGUUCCAUUGAAUAUGGUUUAUAAAAAAUUAGCUACAUAUCUAACUAAUUACGAAAAUCAUCGUCUUCAAUCAGGUUAUGAAAAUAAUUUAACAUCAAAAUUAUUUCUUUUCUAUUUCAUGAACUGUUUUAUUGGCCUUUUUUAUGAAGCAUUUUUUAAUGCUAACUAUGGAAAUGUUGCACAAUUAUUAACAGCAUUUGUUAUUAUUAAUGCAAUUCUAUUAAAAUUCACUGAACAAAUUGGUCCAUAUAUAUUCAAACGUGUUAAAAAAAGUCAAUUAGUAGUUAAUCGAGCACCAACAGAUGCAAAAGUUAGUGAUGCAGUUAAGCAAGCAAAAACAUUAACUCCAUUUGAAGGAACAUAUUCAGAUUAUUUAACUAUUUUUGAACAAUAUGGUUAUGUAGCUUUAUUUUCAGCAGUCUUUCCCUGGGUAACAAUUUGUGCAUUAAUUAAUAAUAUAUUUGAACUUCGUGCUGAUGCUUUUAAAUAUUGUUACGUUUAUCAACGUCCAUUUGCUCAACCUGCAUGGAAUAUAGGUAGUUGGCAUUAUGCAUUCGAUAUUCUAAGUUUAGUAGCUAUUGUUACUAAUACAGCUUUGAUUGCAAUGCAACCAUCAGUUCGUGAAUAUUUUUCAUCAUAUACAGAUGCUGAAUAUAUUCUAUUUUUCGUUGCGGCUGAACAUGUUCUCUUAGCAUUAAAAUUUGCUAUUAGUUUUGCUAUUCCUGAUAUACCACAUGAAGUUCAAAUUGCUAAAGCAAAAAGUCUUUAUGAAUCUAAUCAAGCUUUAAGACGUGAACGUGAACGAAAAGCUUUAAAAGCCCAAGAAUCAAUAAUGAAAUCUUAA